GUUGUUUCUCCAGCUUCACCAGCCAACACCGCCAUGCCCAAGACCCUCUCCGAGUCGCGAUGGGCUGUCCCAUCCUCCACCACUGCUGAUCCUGCCGGAGAGCCCUCGCCGCCACAGGAGCUUGCGCGCUUCAUGAAAAUCGUCUCUCGCUUGAAAUGGAAACUUCCUUUUCUAUCCGAAGCUUACAGCUUCGCUACAUCGCGGGACGGUGUCCCACCCGAUGAUGUCGCAUAUGCUGAGAUCAUGUUCAAGAUCGAUUUCCACGAAUACUACGCGCUUCUAGAGCGCGCGAUUGUUCAUUUACUCGCUGUCUUCGGCGUCUCUGUCAACAACCGCUUUCAAAAAUCGCAUGUUCCGCGGAAUGGCAGCCAUAGAUACCACGCGAACGUCCUUGAAGCGCUCGAGAAGGAAUCGUGUCCGCUGCAUCCUAUUCUUGGAAGCGGGGAGGUAUUGGGGCAGCUGAGAAGAGCGAAACAACUGCGCAAUCAGUGGAAGACAGCAGACUCGACGGAGGAUGAGCGACAGCAGGAAUUGCUGGCAUCUUCAGAAAAGGACAAGGAUACACUGCCUCUUGAGAGCUAUGAUCUUGAAAAUAUACUUACGGCCAUUUUCGUGGGCUUGGAAGAGGCAUAUGCGCUUGCCCAAGGGCACGUCUCGGCCACCCCAAUGGCGAUCGAAACAAGUAGCGACGCGGCAGAUCCGAGACCUUGGAACACUGAGACUGGCUGGGACUUUAUUGUUGACGCUAUGGACUGGCAAGCCGUUUAAAGCCUAUGAAUGAGGCGUGCAAUGCAUACUUUUCUGGAUACACCUACCCUUUCGUUAUUGAUACCCCGUUACGACGAGACCUGAUACCCAAAGCGCUGUUAUAUUGCCAAGCUAUUCAGCGGUUAGAUUUUGUUUCUAUUCUACUUACAUUUUAGAUUACUACGAUUAUACCUGCCGGAUUCUUGCUGGUUCUGGUUAGUUGCGACUGUCAAAGGCUUUUUCAUGUGUGGAUGCUGUUCAAGCGUUAUGGUCAACACGCUGUAUUUAGCUUUUCGCUUGGCUGCGAAAUAUUAGUUACUGAACAUACUCUCAUAUUAUAUGAACGGAAUUCCUCUCUAUAGUAUGAAUAUACAUAAAAAAAAGCCCACGUGGAGACAAAU